AUGGUGUCGCACAUUGAGCCACCUCAGCAGGUGCUACACACGCCGCGACGCCCUCCUUCGGCCACCAGUAGAGCCUCGACAACAAGACGCCAUCGUUCAUCACACUCCCAGCACACAACUUCGUCUGCCUCACCUCUGAAUGAAUUUCCUGUCUUUGCGCAAACCGGCGACGUAGAGAUAGUCAUUUCCUCGGCGAGUGGUCGCAAAGAACAGCGCUAUCUUUUGCACAGCAUCAUCCUCAGCCAGUGCUCGUCCUUCUUCGCCAUCGACCUCAAACGCCCACUCGUGCACAAUGCUCUACCUGCUCCUAGCCCGGCUUCGUUGUCACGCAUCGGCGAGACGAACUCCAGCAGAAGCAGUCUAGACUCGAUCGACGUUCUGCGUCGCUUCUUUUAUGUCCUCGAUUGGCAUCACACAAGAGACAAUGACAUACCACGCUUGAUACAACGUCCUCCGAGCCAGAGUCCGCCGCCCGUUUCGCGUAACAAGCCGCCUGCUUCGUCCUCUGCCUUCUUUCGUUCCAUGUCGAAUCUGUCCGCCCUGUCGCUGGACCCUCAACCUGCUGCAACUUUUGGCCCAGACGAUGAAAUAUUGCGAGAUUAUGAUAAUCUCUUUCGCAUAUUCUACAAUCAUCCUCCUUCUCUGAGCAACGUCAAUAUUGCUGAUGCGUACACCGAGUCAAAGACUUUGCUGCAGCUGGCUCAGAUGUAUGAUGCCCUCGAUAUCGUAGGCUCGCGUGUGGAUCACCACCUGUUAGGCUUUCAAGGUCGCCUCUUCAAGCAGAUUGCUCGCUACCCACCAUCAUAUCUGAAACUAGCAUGCUUAGCAAGAUCAAGAGUCAUCUACACGGAAGCUUUGAUCCAUGUAGUGGGCCAGUGGCCACAAGCACAAUCACAACUUGUCAACCAUAUCGAUCCUCUCGUCCUUGAUAUCAUCGAAGACAAGGUUCAAGAGCUAGAAGACAUGAAGCUACGCAUCGAAGUCCGCCUCUUCAGACUAACCCUAACAACCAGUCGAGGCGAGCGUGUCAAUCCAUCAAACAGCUAUCUAGAUUGGAUGGCCAUGAGCCUCUUCCGCCAAUGGCUAGCCGAAAACACCACUCCAGCUCCCGUAUCCAUUCUCAAGAACUCUUCGCGACCUUCGUCAUCAGAUGCCGCAUCCGCAUCUGCUUCCGUCUCGGGACGAUCAGGUCGGCAAAGCACUUCACGCGCCUUAGUCCCAGCGAAACCAUCAUCUCAGCAAUCGCCCCUGCCAGCUCAGAAUCUAGGCCGCAUUUACCGACUCAUGGGCAGCGUCAACAAAGAUGCAUAUCUCAACCAUGACGAAUGCAAACGCUUCCUAAAACUCACUCCGGAAAUGUACUCUCGCGAUAACCUUAGACGGUUUGAACGAAGAGUUGACGAGCUCAAGAAUCUGGCUAGAGAUGCUGUAAAGCCUCUGACUCGUAAUUUUCUAGAGCUCGAUCUGGGGAGUUUGGCUAUGCCGUCGAGUUCAGCGAGAAGUGGUGCGAAUGUGACGUCGACUGGGUUGGGAUAUUUGACUUGUACGAAGGUUAUGGAGGAGGAUUUUCCUUGGGUUGCGUGA